GCCAGGAGAUCCUCGGGGAGGUUCCUCCCCUGAACGGCGGCAGCCUGGCAGGGCCCGAGCGCGGCCCGCGGUGGGGAGGGGAUAGCGGGGCGGACCCGGAGGACAUGGAGGGCGAGGAGGCCCCGUCAUGGCGGGGUCCCGGCGGGGCUGUGCGGGAGCUCUGCCGCUCCUUCGGCCACUACAACCGGCACCUGGCGCGGCUGCAGCACAACCUGCGAGAGACCAAGAGGUUCUUCCGCGAUGUCAAGUACUGCCAGGGACAUCCCUUCGGUGACGGCCCCCCCUCCGCCGGGGAUGGGGAUGGGGGUCCCGGGGACGGCGGCCCCAGCCCCGCCUGGUUCCCGCAGCACGAGGAGGAGCAGCUGCAGCGCUGGGUCAGCUGGCGGCCGUGCCUGCUCAUCCUGGGCCAGAACUGCGGCACCAAGGGCCGGCUCCUGAACGCGCUGCUGGGCCAGCAGCUGCUGCCCGCGCCCGGGGCUGGCACCGGGGACCGGCCCUCACCUGGGGAUGGCACCGGGGACCGGCCCUCACCUGGGGAUGGCACCGGGGACCAGCCCUCACCUGGGGAUGGCACUGAGGAGCUUCCUUCACCUGGGGCUGGCACUGAAGAGCUUUCCUCACCCAGGACUGGCACUGGGCACCUACCGUCACCCGAGUCUGGCACUGAAGAGCUUCACUCACCUGGGGCUGGCACUGAGGAACUUCACUCACCUGGGGCUGGCACUGAGCUGCCCUCACCCAGGACUGGCACUGAAGAGCUGCUGCCGUCACCUGGGGCUUGCACCAAGGAGCUGCCCUCACAUGGGGCUGGCACCAUGGAGCUUCACUCACCUGGGGCUGGCACUGGGGACCGGCCCUCACCUGGGGCUGGCAGUGAGGAGCUUCCCUCACCUGGGGCUGGCACUGAAGAGCUGCCACCCUCACCCAGGACUGGCACUGGGGACCUGCCCUCACCUGGGGCUGGCAGUGAGGAGCUUCCCUCACCUGGGGCUGGCACCGGGGACCUGCCCUCACCCAGGAAUGGCACUGAAGAGCUGCUGCCCUCACCCGGGACUGGCACUGAGGAGCUGCUGCUCAGGCCCAGGACUGGCACCAAGGACCUACUUCCCACCCCUGGGACUGGCACCGAGGACCUGCCCUCUCCCAGGGCUGGCACCGAGUACCUGCCCUCACCUGGGACUGGCACUGAGCUGCCCUCCCCCAGGCCUGGCACCGAGGAGCGCUGCCGGCGCCGCCGCGUGCGCUUCACCCACGGGGCACGGACGCGGCUCAGCCUGGCGCUGCCCGGGCAGUACGAGCUGGUGCAGGUGCUGGCAGCUCACAGCGGGCACUGGGACACCAUCCCCGAGCAGGACCUGCAGGUGCCCGGUGACGCCGAGGAUCCAGCACAGAGGGUGGCAGAGCUGGAGGUGGUGCUGCCCUGUGCGCUGCUCAAGGAAGUGGACAUCGUGGUUGCUCCGUGCCGUGGUUUCCAGUCCGCUGAGGCCACUCUGGGCGAAUUUGUGAACCAGGUGCUGCCCGUUGUCACCUUCGCCAUCAGCGAGCCCCAGCUGUCCCCUUCGGACCAGGCAGAACUUCGGCAAAUCAAGGAGAAAUUCUCCCUUCCCAUCUUCUUCCUUCGAGUCUCCGAACCCUGCAGCGACCCCGACAGGGACAAAUCCCCUCUGCAGCAGCAGCUGCUGGAAUUCCUGAGCCCCUCCAUCCCCUGCUGCAUCCCCGGCUCGUCCAUGCAGGAAAAGCUGCGGCUCCUGGGCGCCUUUUCCAGGCAGGUGCUGCAGCAGCACCUGGUGCAGGCGGCCACCAGGCUGAGCGAGGUGCACGGCCGCUGCCUCAACAUCUUCAUCAACCAAGCCUUCGACAUGCAGAGGGACCUGCAGAUCACCCCCAAGCGCCUGGAGUACACCCGCAGGAAGGAGAGCGAGCUCUACGAGUCCCUCAUGGGCAUCGCCAACCGCAAGCAGGAGGAGAUGAAGGAAAUGAUCGUGGAGACGCUGGGCAGCAUGAAGGAGGAGCUGCUGCAGGAUGCUGCCAGCAUGGAUUUCCGAGACAUCAUCAUCCCCGAGAACGGCGAGCCCGUCAGCUCCAAGGACAUCAAACGCUGCAUCCAGCAGAUCCAGGAGCUGAUCAUCUCCAGGCUGAACCAGGCUGUGGCCAAUAAAUUGAUCAGCUCUGUGGAUUACCUGAGGGAGAGCUUCGUGGGCACCCUGGAGCGCUGCCUCAAGAGCCUGGAGGAGUCCUGGGAGGGCUCGGUGCACCCGGCGCGGGCGCUGGACAAACCCCGCGAGGGCUCCGUGCACAUCACCAGCAAUUACCUCAAACAGAUCCUGAACGCCGCCUAUCACGUGGAGGUCACUUUUCACUCAGGCUCCACGGUGACCAGGAUGCUGUGGGAACAGAUCAAACAGAUAAUCCAGAGGCUGACGUGGGUCAGCCCCCCAGCCAUCAGCAGUGACUGGAAGAGGAAGGUGGCCCAGGACGCCAUCGAGAGCCUCAGCGCCUCCAAACUGGCCAAGAGCAUCUGCAGCCAGUUCCGCACGCGCCUCAACAGCUCCCACGAGGCCUUCGCCGCCUCCCUGCGCCAGCUCGAGGACGGUCACUCGGGCCGGCUGGAGCGGACGGAGGAUCUGUGGCUGAAGGUGCGGAAGGAGCACGCGCCGCGGCUGGCCCGGCUGUCCCUGGAGAGCAGGUCCCUGCAGGAUGUGCUGCUGCACGGGAAGCCCAGGCUGGGCAGGGAGCUGGGCAGAGGCCAGUAUGGCGUUGUGUACCUGUGUGACACCUGGGGGGGACACUUCCCCUGCGCCCUCAAAUCCGUUGUCCCUCCGGAUGAGAAGCACUGGAACGACCUGGCACUGGAAUUUCACUACAUGAGGUCCCUGCAGUCCCACGAGAGGCUGGUGCACCUGCACGGCUCCGUGAUCGAUUACGGCUACGGGGGAGGCUCCAGCAUCGCUGUGCUGCUCAUCAUGGAGAGGCUGCACAGAGACCUCUACACGGGGCUCAAGGCUGGGCUGGAAUUGGAGCCACGGUUGCAGAUUGCCCUGGAUGUGGUGGAAGGGAUCCGGUACCUGCACAGCCAGGGCUUGGUGCACAGGGAUAUCAAACUCAAAAACGUCCUGCUGGACAAAAAGAAUCGGGCCAAGAUCACAGAUUUGGGUUUCUGCAAACCCGAGGCGAUGAUGUCCGGCAGCAUCGUGGGCACCCCCAUCCACAUGGCUCCUGAGCUGUUCACAGGGAAAUAUGACAAUUCUGUGGAUGUUUAUGCCUUUGGGAUCCUGUUCUGGUACCUCUGCUCAGGCCAUGUGAAGUUACCUGAGGCUUUUGAGAGGUGUGCGAGCAAAGAUCACCUGUGGAACAACGUCAGGAGAGGGGUGCGGCCGGAGCGCCUGCCCGUGUUUGACGAGGAGUGCUGGCAGCUGAUGGAAGCGUGCUGGGACGGGGACUCCUCGCAGCGGCCUCUCCUGGGAAUCGUGCAGCCCAUGCUGCAGGGAAUCAUGGACAGGCUCUGCCGGGCCGGCCCCGAGCACCCCGGCAAGGGCCUGGACGAUUCCACCUGAGCCGGGAUCGGGAAUCCGGGCGGGAUUCGGCAAUUCCAGCCCCGCCUCCGCCGUGGAGCUGCGAGCCAGCCCCGAGGGGACGGGGAGGAGCUCAGAGGGGCUCCGGGGGUGAGAGCUCCAGCCCAAUCCCACCCCGGCAUCCCUUUGGAAUUGUGCUGUCAUAGGGUGGAAAAUCCCUUUGGAAUUGUGCUGUCAUAGGGUGGCAAAUCCCUUUGGAAUUGUGCUGCCACAGGGUGGAAAAUCCAAACCCUUCGGACUCACCAAUCCCACCCCAAGCUUUGUGAGUGAUCUGUGGGAUGGGGAAAUCCCUUCCCAAAAUCUGGGAUGGCCACCCUGCUCCUCCCUCAGGCAUUGGCACCAAUUCCAGGGAGCUCAGAGGGGAAGGAUAAGGCACAAAAAACAUUAGGAUAAGGAAGUGUUGGGAAGCUCCAAGGAGCUGGAAAUGUUUACAUGGACAGGAGCAAAGCUUCAGUGUUUAUUUUUUCUUGGGGGACUUGGAAAACCCCACCUGGAUAAGCUAUUAAUCCCUAAUCCCACCUUUUCCUCCUCUUUUCCCCUCUCCUUUGCUUCCUUAAAUUCCUUGGAAUGGCUGGAGAAACCUUCCCUUGAUUCCUCAGUGUAGCAGCACCAAAAAAAAAAGUCCUUAAAAUCAUUUUUUCCAUGGGGAAAGUGCCAAAAUUCUUUUUGAAUCAGGAUUUGUGGCUUGGAAUUCAUGGAAGUGUCAUGGCAGUUUUAAAUUGGGCUGAGUCUGCACAGGAAUAUUUUAAAAAAUGAGGUUUUUUUCCAGCUUUUUUUGUUUCAAGUUGGAGGGAAGAAAGAUCCUUCCUUCUUCUCCUCACUCUCACUCCAGGGCUGGAAUUUGGUUGGAAAGAAUUAAAAAAAAAUAUAAAAGGGGGAUAUGGGAAGAGGGGGAUCAUGGGCAAGGUUGUCUUUCCCAAAUUCCUGGAAAUCCCAGUUUGCUUCCUGCAUUUUUGGGGUGGAAUUGGGCAGAGCUGGAGCAGAAAAGGCCCCUGGGUGGCUCCAUGAGGAACUGGGGAGUUGGGAAUUCUCCCUGGAAUUCCCAGGGCACGUGGAAUUCCUUGGCUGAAAUUCCAGCUGCCCCUGGCUGAGGAUGGCUUUAGUGGGAAUCUUUUCCUUUCUUUGUGCAAUAAAUGGAUUCAGGAGAAUUUUAUGGAGGAAAAAAAAAAAAAAAAGAAAAAAACCAAAACCAAACAACAAAAAUGGCUUUUUUGUGUUCCUUCCCUGCACCUGUGGGGGAUGUGCUGGCAUUCCCAGCAGGAUGGGGAUGGAUCCAACCUCUCCUGCCAUUCCUGAGUGGUUUUUAUGGAUCCAUCCUCUCUCCUGCCAUUCCCAGGGUAGUUUCUUUGUAGAUCCAACCCCGGUUUUUGCAUUCCUGGCUGUCCCAUCCCAACCCAGCUGCUCGUGCCAAGAAUUCCCAUCCCUUUUCCAAAGACAGCAUCGAGCCCGGGAGGGGGAAAAAAAACCUCUGAAAGAGUGGGAAUGGCCCUGGAAGAGUCUCUGGAAAAGCAGCCUCGGGCUGGCACAGGGAGGAGUGUAAAUAAUAAACCAAAUAAAGCCAAAGCUCUGUGUC